UGUCUUUGGCCAUUCACGAAUCGAACUGUCAGCCAAUAGCACAACAAUUUUAUCACGAGAAAUAAAAAAAAACCCGCCGCCGAUUUCGACACGCUGACCGAGAGAUUACAAAACAUUUCACGACGCAUAGGGAAAACCGAGUGCAUUGCGAAUAUUUUUGCCCAUUGAAAAAAUACAAGUGUUCAUUGCAAAGUGAAUAAAACAAAUAAAAACAUUACAUAAUGCCGCUGCUGCGUCUCACUAGUGGAACUUUCGGGUCGUUGCGUACCUUCGCAACGUCAUCGGCCCUGGGGAAAAGGGUGAAGACUUUCGCCGUGUACCGCUGGAACCCCGACGAGCCGGAUAAGAAGCCCUACACUCAAAACUUUGAGGUAGAUCUCGACGAUUGCGCACCUAUGGUCUUAGACGCGCUUUUGAAAAUUAAAAAUGAAAUGGACCCUACUUUAACGUUCCGACGAUCCUGUCGCGAGGGCGUCUGUGGCUCUUGCGCUAUGAACAUCGACGGUAUAAACACGCUGGCCUGCAUCAGCCACAUCGACCAGAACCUGAACAAACCGAGUAAGAUUUACCCGCUACCCCACAUGUACGUAGUCAAGGACCUGGUCCCCGAUCUGACGAACUUCUACCGCCAGUACCAGUCCAUUGAACCCUGGCUGCAGAGGGACAAGGAAGCUGUCAAAGGUAAGGAAACUCAGUUGCUACAAGACGUCGAAGACAGAGUCAAGUUAGACGGUCUUUAUGAGUGUGUGCUGUGUGCUUGUUGCUCAACGAGUUGCCCGUCGUACUGGUGGAACGGAGACAAGUACCUGGGCCCAGCGGUUCUGAUGCAAGCUUACAGAUGGAUCAUAGAUUCUCGUGAUGAUGCCACAGCCAAACGUCUGGAGAGCCUCAAAGACACAUACUCUGUCUACCGAUGCCAUACCAUCAUGAAUUGCACCAGAACUUGCCCGAAAGGCUUGAACCCCGGUCGUGCGAUUGCACAGAUCAAAACAUUACUCUCCGGAAUGGUCAAAAAACAAUCGCCCAUCAUGGACCCGGCCGGCCUAGAGAAACAGGCCGUGCAAAACUGAAAAACCAAUUUUAUAGUUUAAAAUGUUUAUUUAUUAGUUGACAAUAAAUUUUUUGACUAAGGAAAAAUGUUUGUGACUUAAAUAUUACUUUAUGAUAAUUUAAUUGGCUAAGAAAUUAAAUUUGGCUUUUAAUAGUAUUGACUAUUUUUAAGAAACAAAAUGCUUAUAGAGACUUUUAGGUGAAAUUAAUAAAACAGUAUUUAGUUAAAGAGACUUAUUACAUAUACCAAAUGAAAAUUAUGCCACAUUAUUUUUUAAAUUAUUUGAAAUUAUUGCAUGUUAUAUUAUUUUUACAACACAUUAUAUACAAAUGGACUGUAUUUUUAUAUUCUAAUUUAUUAAUUGUGUAGAGUAAUUAGUGAAAAAAGUCAAUGUACAAGUGAAUUUCUGUUCUUGAGGUUGCCUUUUUUGUUGAAACAAGUAAUUUAUGAAAUUAUCUAAUUAGCAUGUUCACCUUGAAAUGUAUUGAAUAGUAUUGUUGAUUAAGUUCAAACACUUAACACAUUUUUCACAUUUUAAUGCAAUUGCAGUUAAAAUAUAUUGGCAUUUUGGGCUAACAAAACCAAGAAACAUCUAAUAUAGACUUGUACAUAGACCUAAAGGUAAAACCAGGUAUGUAACUCUCUCCUAAAGUCAGUGUUUCCUAAUUCUUACAACCUGGGCAUCUUUAAGAAGAGAGUGAAUAGGCAUCUUUUACGCAAACAUGUUCCACCUUAGGCCACAUCUACACUUACCAUCAGGUGAGAUUGUGGUCAAGCACAAGCAUAUUCAAUAUGCUAUGUUAGUUAAAAACAUAAUUAUGUAAGUUAACUGCCUCUUAGGUCCACUGAAAGAAUUUUCAAUAAAAAUUCUCAGUCUAAUGUUGGGCAGUUGGUAUUAUUAUGCCCCUGUGUUUAAAAAAGUACAAUAAAUCUUUAGCCUAUCACUGAUAUCUCAUAAUGGUUGUCAGUUGUCACAAACAAUAUCAGCUUAAGCUGUCAGCAGCAUGGCGGGUUCAAGCUCCAUAACCCCUGUAUAUUCAAGGAGAUAAUGAUGAUGAAGUUAGUUUAAUUGUAUAAUUUUGAAUAUACCUAAAAUGCAGUUUUUCUGCACUCAUAUAAAGUUGUUUUAUAUCAUUCAUUGUGUUAGAACAUAAACAACAAUACAAUUAUUUUAAAACUCAUCAAUUUACUCCAUGCAAUUAUAAAUUUGACUAUAAGUUCAAAAACGAAAAUUCUGAUACCCACAAUUUUGAAGAAUUCAAAGUAAUAACUAUAAGUUACUGACUAAUAAAUUAAUUCAAUAGGAUCUCUGUUAAAUUGACCUUUGCAAUGACCAUGUUUUAUCGUAAUGCAAUUUAUAUAUUAUAAAUAACAAUUAUAUGUUAGUGAAAUCGAAAGUAUUAAUCCAUCAUAUACAGUGGUGUGAAUAGUUUUUGACCAGGGUAAGCGUUAGUGCUAAAAAUACAAAAUGUAAUCUUUAUUUGGUGCGUUUGUUAAAAAAAUGUUCAUGCCACUUAUCAUAUACAAUGAUUAUCAUGUAGUUAUACUAUUUAUACACAUUUUUACGUGUAGUUGUAAAUAUUAGAUUUGCUACGCCAUUGAACUGUAUAGGACGGAAAACUUGGCAGCUCUUUUAUGAAGAGCUCUAAAUAAGAAUUGUCACAAAGUGUAUGAACUGUCACAAAAUGUGUAUUGCAGUUUCAAUGAUGUGGAAAAUCUAUUUUUUUUGGUAAAAUCCUGUUCCCGUGUCAUACAAUCAGCCAAUCGUAAAUUAUUAUCAUUAUUUAUUGCCCAUCUCCUUAGGUGUAUAAAUGUAUUAGACUAUUUUCAUUGUAUUAUUUUUUUUUGUUGAUUAAAGUUUUAUUUUUUGUCCAAA